AUGGCUGGAAACUUCUUCGCUACGAGCCAAGACAUUCGUCUUGAGGACCGCCACAUCCUCCGCGCCCGCCUGCAAAGAGUCGAUGGCGAGUGGGUUGAUGCUGAGAUCAACUUGAACGACCACAUUGGCAAUGACAACGGUCGCUUCGCAUGGGAUAGUGCUGGUUUUGCCGACUCGGCUGAGGACAUCUCCGUCUCCGUUGAGGGUGCUGGUCCUGUCUGCGUCCUUCGCGCCAGACUUCGCAAUGAGUCGGGCGAGUGGCAGGACUCUGACCUCAACUUGAGCGAGCGCAUGGCCAACAACGAUGGUGGCUUCUACUGGACCUAA